GCGAAUUUGAGGCAACUCUCAGGAAUCACACGCAACACCUCGUGCUUUCAUCUUGGAGAUGUUGGGCUCACGGCUCACUCGAAUAUUUCGACGAUGCUUUACCUCCACUCACUUCUGCCAAAGGGCGUUUAUCCUACCCGACUUCCGCAAUUUCGAUACUCAGAUCCCCGAUCAUGCUACCGCUGUGCGUUUUCGUGACAACGACAAAGACAUAUCCCAGAUCUUCCGGCGUUUCAAAAACAUCGAACACCUUCAAUUCUUGGAAAAGAACAUGUCGUUUGUCUUCGAUGACUCGCUGCUAUUGAAUAUUCUCUCCAAGAUGCCUCUGAAGUCACUGCACUUCACGUCAGCUAUCUUCCACGAUAUCAAUCAUCUCUGCUCGUUUAUACGCCAUUUUUCGUCCGUAAAAGAAGUUUACUGCUCGCGCCUUCGCUUUCUACAAGAGAGGCCCAUUCGGAGAUCGCUUUUAGUAGAGGAGGGACCGGCACUUCAAACAAUCAGGAUAGACAGUGAUGACUUGUGGUGUGCAGCUUUAGAUGGAUCCUUUGGGACCAUUAACAAGCUCCGUAACGUGACCGUGAUGGAUGUAAAGUAUAAGCAACUGGCCGAUAUAGGCCUAUUCCUCCACCAGACAGCCCAGGAAGGUAGCCUCAAGAAGUUCAAUGUGAGACAUAUGCACGGGUUUGACGUCAGAGAUAGGGCUAAGGGCAACGCAACAUGGAAGCGAAAUCCCGCCCCUCUCGAAAUCUCACAUUUGAAGUCGCUCGGCAUUGAUGUCCACGGACGACAUGUUGAAAGACUUGGCUGAGAAGGGCGAAGCGUCGAAUCUCGAGGACUUGACAAUCAUCGUAGGAAUAAACAAGCCGGAACCAUACGUUGUGGAAGAUCUAGAAGGAACUUGGCGACUGCUUGAUUCCCUCUUAGCCCAAGAAUUUUCUGCGUUCAAGUUGCUGCGAGUAGCCAUCAAAGUGUUCCGCCCUACAACUAUGGAGAAGGGAGAAAAAGACAAGAAGGAGAUAGAGAAAUGUUGUCCUCGUUUGUUAGAGAAAGGGAUGCUUAAGGUCGUGUGCGAACACAUACAGUCUAGUCAAAAUUUGUACAUGGCGAAUAAUUUGUUUUGAGCAUCUACUGCGGUUAGUUACUGUACUUGGUUAUGUAACCAGUAGAAAAACAUUUAAAUAA